AUGUGGAAUGACGAGGAUAACAACCCUUACGGCGACGGCUUUGAUCGGCGGGACUCAUUUACCUCUUCCUCGGCCAACCCUACCUCUCCAACCACGCACCCGCGCUAUGACGCCCCUCAGACUCCAUCCACCACGAGCGAUGAGGCUCCCCCACGACCGAGUUUUGCUGGAGAAUCGACUACUGCCGACAGCGACGAGGAGGCCGUAGCCGAAGCCGAGGCUGAGGCCCGUGGCGAGCUUGUACCCCGUAGGAAGGCUGGGGGGUAUGACAGCCGAAUCGAACAGAUGCUGUACGAGAACCCGGAGCUUCCUAUCUUGAUCACAGAAGCCGGAAAGAGCUCGGAGAGUGGUGGCAGGUAUAUUGUCUAUACGAUCAAGACCGGCGAACUCGUGGUUCGCCGACGGUAUUCUGAAUUUGCAACGCUUCGGGACGCCCUCACAAGACUCCAUCCCACACUCAUCGUUCCCCCGAUACCUGAGAAGCAUACCAUGGCAGACUACGCGGCCAACCCGACCAACGCGAAGCAGGACCAGCAGAUCAUAGACCUCCGAAAGCGAAUGCUGGCAGUCUUCUUGAACCGCUGUCGAAGAAUGGAGCAGGUCAGGACAGACGGCGUGUGGUGGAGGUUCCUGGACCCCAACUCAAGCUGGAACGAAGUCUUGCAUUCCCAUCCUAUCGCAUCAAUACCAAAGUCUAUCCUGAAGGCGCCUCCCCUGGAUACGGCUAAUCCAACUCCAGCCCAUAACUAUCUACCAGUUCCCUCCAACUCCGCCAGGCUCAAGAUGGGAGUUGGCGCAGGGCCCAAUACUAGCGUGGAUUCCUCAGUCAGGGGUAGCGCACCAGGCAUUGGCCGGUUUCCUCCCGAAUCGAGCUCUCUGAGCGAGCAGGAGCUAGAUCCAUACUUUUUGUCGUUUGAAGCUUCGAUAAAGGAGCUUGAAACCCUUCUCACAGGUCCGAUGGAGAAGGUCAACAGAAGAACGCUGAGUCACCUAUCGUCCUUGGCUUCUGACCUCUCAGAGCUGGGGGCCAAGUAUAAUGCCUUUGCGUUGUCCGAACAGGCGCCAUCUCUCGCGCCAGCGAUCGAGCGCAUCGGCCAAGCCGCGGACUCCUCGUACAUUGCGACAGAGGAGCUGUCAGCGUCAUUGGGCGCUAGCUUCGCGGAACCGAUGCGGGAAAAUGCCCAGUUCGCGGGGGUUGUACGCAGCGUACUUCGAUAUAGAGUAUUGAAGCGUGUCCAGCAAGAUAUGACGUCGGACGAGCUAAACAAGAAGAGGGCACUCUUGGAUCAGCUGGAGCGGAGCGAGGCGGAGGCGAGACGGAUCGAUCAGUAUCUGACCAGCAGCCAACAAUUACCGCCACCGAGGAGAUCCGCAAGCACGAAGGAACCGCAAAACCAGCAUCGGAAGGAUGGCAGCCAGGAAGAUACAGCAUCUAUCGACUCCGAUUUUCCUCCCACGCAUGGUGACUUCUCCUCGGCACCUUCUGCCAAUAUCGGGUCACCCGAGCGAUCAAGCGCCAGCCCUAGCCACAAGAAGGCACCUAGUGGCAAUUCUAUAACUAACAAGAUCUUUGGGCCCAUUCGGCAUGCUGUCCAAGGCGUGGUCGACGUCGACCCCGAGAGGACGAGGCGAGAUACGAUUGGGAAGACUCGGGAAUCCAUUGGACAGCUCGAGCUAGCACAGGUUGCGUCUGCGCAGGAUGUCAAAGACGCAAGCGCAAGCGUCCUGAAGGAUCUAAAGAGGUUCCAGAGAGAGAAGGAAGAUGACCUUAGGCGCUACAUGCUUGCCUAUGCGAAAAGCCAGAUCGAGUGGGCAAAGAAGAACAAGGAAACAUGGGAGGAGGCUCGAGCCGAACAAUCUGGCCCCAUUCGCUCGAUCUCCGAACCAGGGAUCAAGGCGGCGCCUCCAGUCGCGCAAACGCUGCGCAGAGAGGUCGCUGCUCUUUUGAACAGGUCGCACCUCGGCUUUCCCGGCGCGCAACCCGUCAGCUUUGCCCGGAGGCACCUUGACGAGCUACGGCAACAAGAUUACUAUGUCUGCGAGAAGUCCGACGGCAUCCGCUACCUCCUGUACCUGACCGUGGACGAGGAACGGCGCGAGACACACUACCUCAUCGACCGCAAGAACGAGUACUGGUGGAUACAGCAUCACAACCUACACUUCCCGCUGAAGGACAACGACGUAGAGUUCCACACAAACACUAUUAUAGAUGGGGAGCUAGUGAUGGACGAUCUGGGCGACGGGCGCAAGGAGCCGCGUUUCCUGGUCUUCGACUGCCUCGUGCUGGAUGGGCGCAGGGAUCUUCUCACCAAGUCGCUCGACAAACGUCUUGGCUACUUCAGAGAGCACAUCAUGGGCCCUUACAAGGACCUCUUUUCCCGGUACCCAGAAGAGCUGCGGUACCAGGCCUUCAAGGUGGAGAUGAAGGAAAUGCAGGUGGCCUACGGCAUCGAGAUGAUGUUCCGGGAGGUGUUGCCCAAUCUGAAGCAUGGCAACGAUGGCUUGAUCUUCACGUGCAGGAAUAACGAGUAUCGUCACGGGACUGAUCAGAACACCCUCAAGUGGAAACCGGCCCUGGAGAAUACCAUCGACUUCCGCCUCCGACUGCGGUUCCCCACCGUCGAGCUAGACGAGAGCGACCGUGCCGAGGGCAUUACAGAGCCGUAUGUCGAUUACGACGGACUCCCGAUCGCCGAACUGUGGGCGUAUGCUGGCGACAGCCGCGACAACCCGUACAUGUUCUUCAAGAACCUGUACCUAACAGAGGAGGAAUGGGAGACGCUGAAGGGCCUCGGCGAUCCCCUCGUCGACCGCAUCGUCGAGUGCGGCAUGGAUGAACGGGGCCGUUGGAGGCUGCACCGCUUCCGGGAUGACAAGGGCGAAGCCAACCACACUAGUACUGUGACUAGCGUGAUGCAGAGUAUCCAGGACAGUGUCAGCGAGUCGGAGCUGCUGGAGGCUGCAAAGAGCAUCAAAGACAGCUGGAAGGCCCGGGCCUCGAAGCAAAGAUAG